AAUGUGAACAUUCCAAAGAUACAAAUCACAAGAGAAAAAUUAAAGUCUCUGUUUUUCGUUUAAAAUAUCAAAUUUUCGAUAAAAAACUGAAUAGAUUCAUAGAGCCAGUUUUACCAUCCAGUUUUAGUAACUUCUUACGCGUUCUACAUUAUUAUUAUUAGCACAAAUUAUAAUAACUUACAGUUCGCGGUACAAUUUGCAUUCGCACAUACAGUGACACCUAUACGAAGGUACUUAAGGAUGCAGGUAUAUAUACCCAGCAUCCGAAUUCAGUUCCCUACUAUUGUGCCCCACUCGAGACGUUAAGAGAUCAAUUCGACAUGCUGUGCAAGAGUUUCCUUCGCUUCCAAGUUAUUAUCGCGACGAUCAUCCUGCUGCAGUCAGACAAGCAAGCGUCAUCAAGAAGAUAUAACAGUCUCUACAAUUACAACAUCAGGGGGUCAGAAUUAAAUAAUUUGCUCGGAGCUGGUAUCGGAAGUUUGAAUUUUCUGGCUCAAGGUGAAGAUUACGUGAACCAACAAGUACCAGAUACUACGCCUAAAAACGAAGCUACAUACGAUUUUAUAAUAGUUGGUGCCGGCACAGCCGGUAAUGUAAUAGCUGCAAGAUUAAGCGAGAUUCCUGACAUCAAGGUGUUACUGAUCGAAGCAGGACGUCAAGAGAACCUUGCCAUGGAUAUCCCGCUAAUCGUCCACUUACUACAACUCAACAAUGACAUCAACUGGAAGUAUCGUACCAAACCGUCCAAUAAAUACUGCCUCGGCAUGCAUGACAACAGUUGCAAUUGGCCUAGGGGCAAAGUCGUGGGUGGCAGUAGCGUUUUAAAUUACAUGAUCGCUACGAGAGGUAGUGCCGAGGACUACGAUCGCUGGGCAAAGAUGGGAAAUGAGGGCUGGGCCUACAAAGAUGUCCUUAAGUAUUUUAAACGACUGGAAACGAUUGAUAUACCGGAGCUACAAUCGGAUAACACCUACCAUGGAACUACAGGACCGUUACACAUUUCUUAUCCGGUAUAUAGGACGUUGUUAGCGGAAGGUUUUCUAAAAGCUGGCGAGGAAAUGGGAUACCAAACUCACACAGAUUACAAUGGGAAGGAUAUGAUGGGAUUCUCGUAUCUGCAAACGACGAUCAAGAACGGCACUCGUAUGAGCAGCAACAGAGCUUACUUGCAGCUUGCACGAAAUCACAAGAAUCUUUAUUUGACUAUAGAGAGUAUAGUGAAAAAAGUGCUAAUUGAUCGUAAUGCGAAUCGAGCAGUCGGCGUGGAAUUUAUGAAAUACGGUCAGAGAGCCUCAGUGUUCGCGAGAAAAGAAGUGAUUUUAUGCGCGGGUGCCAUUGGAUCGCCGCAGCUGUUAAUGUUAUCCGGAAUUGGCCCUGCCAAACAUCUCGCUGAUCUCGGAAUAAACGUCGUUCGAGACGCACCGGUUGGCGAAAAUCUGAUGGAUCACAUAACAUACGGUGGGCUGUCGUGGAGUGUGGACGCUUCAAUAGCUGUGCAAAUGUUUGACAUUAUAAAUCCCGUUAAUCCAUAUUUAAGAGAUUUCCUAAUAAGACGAUCAGGACCCGUGACAAUUCCAGGCGCGUGCGAGGCUCUUGCUUUCAUCAAUGCCAAGAAUCCGAAAGUACGCCGCGGCCUACCAGACAUUGAACUUUUGUUCGUUGGUGGUGCGAUUCCAAUGGAUACUUUUAUUCCUAUAACGAUGGGUGUGAACAGACGAAUGCUUGAUCUGUGGCAGAAAUAUACGGGCGGCUACGGUUGGAGCAUAUUGCCCAUGCUGUUGAAACCAAAGAGUCGUGGUCAGAUAAGAUUACUGGCCAACGAUGUCAACGUUAAGCCUGAGAUCGUACCAAACUAUUACGACCACCCGGACGACGUCAGUACGAUGAUCGCCGGAAUCAAAGCCGCCUUAAGUGUCGGUCAAACAAGAGCAAUGCGAGAAUUCAAUUCACGACUGCUAGAUGAUAUUAUUCCCGGAUGCGAAAGUUACGAGUAUAACUCUGAUGCUUACUGGGAGUGUGCAGUAAGAACGUUAUCAUUCACAAUCUAUCAUUAUUCCGGCACUUGUAAAAUGGGACCGAGAAAGGAUCCGACUGCCGUUGUCGACCCAAAAUUGAAGGUGAUUGGUGUUGAAAGACUGAGAGUAGCGGACGCAUCUAUCAUGCCCGAGAUUAUAUCGGCACACACAAACGUACCUGUUUAUAUGAUCGCCGAGAAACUGGUAGAUAUGAUCAAAGAGGAAUGGGGAUACUCAAAGUCACGAUCAUGACGUUUCAAUUAAUAACUAUAUCAUUUUAUCCACACUAAUAUCGUAACGUCUACAUACGCAGCAACGCGUCAGCAUUAAUCAAUAACGCAGCUAAUGAACGCAAUAUUUAAUUACUUUAAGAAAUAUUUAUGUUACUUUAGCUUAUUGUUCCUCAUGUUAGAUUAAAAUUGCUAAAAUAAUUAUUUCAUUAUUACUUUUAGUACUAAAACAAUUAUUUGUUUAUUUUAAUACUAGUCAAAUUUCUUUUUAUAACAUUAUGUAAGGAAAUAAUCGGUAUUUAUAAAUGUUCUCGUAAAACCAUUAAGUAAACUCCAAAGAGCAAAUUAAAAAUUAGAGAAAUUUUGUUGCAACAGGUUUACAGAUUCUGUACGAUUUUAUUUAAUGCAUAUAAUUUUCUAUACUUUAGCUUUUCAAAACUUUAAUUUAAUUUAUACUUCAUUUUAAUUUAAUUUCUAAAUUAAAAUAAUUUAAGAUUAGUAAACAAAGAUAUGAGUUAAAAAAAGACAAACGUUUUCGCAACUUGAUGUACAUCAAUUGAUUUAAAUGAGAGCCAUGACCCAAUUGAUUCCACUUUGAACUUCUUUGACGAAAUCGAGAGUCGUUAUAUAAACACUGGUUAGAAAAAUUUCGUGCGUGGAGUGCGAGUAAUAAAUAUAUUAUUCAGUUAAUAUUCAGUUUUAAAUUACAAUUUUAAACUGAAAAUGAAAUUAAAAAAAUUAAUAUUUUAUAUAUUAAAUUGACACUGCGUUUUAUCAUUUUAGAUUGUUACAUUAUAACGUGUUUUCUGUUUCAUAUGUUUGCUAUUUAUUAUAAUAUAAACCAUAGCUAAGAUUAGUAAACCAGUUAAUUCUUUACAGUUAACUCUGUUUACUAUAUUAUUGAAACGAUAUUUUGCUCUCUUUCUCUUAUUAUGUAUUUUUCUCUUUUAGAGAGAAUAUUUUAAUACACAUACUUUUUG